CCAACGGUGGACCGCUCCCUUGAUCAACGUUACUUUCAUGCAUAUCUUCCAUUUGUUUGUUCUACAUCUCUCUACAUCACUGUCUGUAUCUCUCGUUGCCCUCUCCCCGGACUCUCAGUCUGAAGAAGGGUCUCUUCGCAAAGCGACACCCAGUGCAGAUUAGCUCAUUGUCAUGUGUACUGAGGUACAGCGAAAAGCUUUUUUUGCGUGCUAUCCAGUCAGCAGAAAGACAAAUACAUGAUUACAAUCGAGCCAUUUACAGUGUACAGAUACAUGAUAAUGGAUUAACGUUUUAGUGCAAGGUAAAGCCAGCAAAGUCUGAUCAAGGAUAGUCCGCGGGUCACCAACGAGGUCGAUAGUAGUUAUCAUAGUCAACGUAAGAAAUGUUGCUGUAGUGGAGGUUUAAGAGUGUGGAGCAAUUGUAAUAUGUGCUUGUAGAUCUGCUUCUGUGGCUAGCACGCAGAUAGCCGCCUGUAUUAGGCAUCAUCUUGGAACCAUUCCUUUUCCCCAGAGAUGCUGCCUGUCCCACUGAGUUCCUCCAGUGUUUUGUGUCUGUCUUUGAUGUCCACACCGCUGGGCUGCGAGCUACCCAAGCGUAACACGAGGCACUGUUCUGUUCACCAUCUGCUCAGCACCAACCUGUUUCCCCUGCAUCACGCCCUGCUGGAUAGCAACAGCCUGAGUGAGGUAAGUGGUGUGUAAUGGCCUGUGAGGAACAGAAAACUGACGGUGGAUAUCGGCUGAACAGGUUCGGCAGGCAGAGAGAAUAAGCAAACGGUUUUCAUCCAGAAGGGACUAGCUGGUAUAAUUCGUCCAUUGGACCCAUCUCACGCCACCCGUCCAGUGAGAUGGUGAACGCUGGUUCAUGCUGAAGCAGGGUGUUGAAGUCACGGCCGCAGCCAUGUCCCACUUCACUCUCUACUGCGUCAGGGUCAGCUGGAGCGUGGUGCUGCUGCUCGGAUAUUUCCUUUACUUGUUCCUUGGAGCUGCCGUUUUCCAGGCACUGGAGAGACAGGCGGAGGCAAACACUCGGAGCAGCUUCCAGCUGGAAAAGCUGACGUUCCUCACAAACUAUAGCUGUCUGGAUGGACCUGCCCUGGAGAGGUUUGUGCAGAUUAUUAUCGACGCUUGGGAGAAAGGUGUCAACCCGUCAGGAAACUCCACUAACCCAAGCAACUGGGACUUCAGUAGCUCAUUUUUCUUUGCAGGGACUGUGGUGACUACGAUAGGCUUUGGAAAUCUCUCUCCCAGCACAGUUGGGGGACAAGUCUUCUGCGUGUUCUAUGCACUAUUUGGAGUCCCUUUGAAUCUAAUUUUUUUGAAGCACCUCGGGGGAAGUAUGAAUGGUCAUUUAAAGAGGCUGGAGAGAAAUGCCCAGCAGUCAAGAAAUUCCAGGCAAGCAAUGAAGAUUUUGACAGUGACAUUCUUCUUCACGUUUGGGACGGUUAUCAUCCUGGUGUUUCCACCGCUGAUCUUCAGUUACGUAGAAGAUUGGACCUACGGAGAGAGCUUUUACUUUGCCUUCAUCACCCUCAGCACCAUUGGAUUUGGUGAUUAUGUUGUAGGCACGGACCCGGACAAGCACUACAUCCCCAUCUACCGGAGCCUGGCAGGGGUGUGGAUCGUGGUCGGACUGGCCUGGAUGGCGCUACUCUUGAACGUGGGCAGCGGAGUGGUCGAGCGGGCGGUCCGGCAGCGGAAGAGGUCAAGGCAGGAAGACAAGCACAGCCCCAAGGAGGAAUGCUGCACCUAGCUCCACACUGCUGCCUCUCUCAUUGUGACUACCUCGCCCCCUGUUUAGACCCGCCUCUAACCCCCUCUCCUCUCCUCUCCUCUCCGUCCUCCACGGCCAA